AUGAAUGUAGAAGAAGAGGUUGAAAAGCUCAGAGAAGAAAUCAAGAGGCUUGGAGAGGUUCAAACAGAUGGUUCUUACAAGGUUACAUUCGGAACACUCUUUCAUGAUGAUCGAUGCGCAAAUAUUUUUGAAGCGCUUGUUGGCACGCUAAGAGCAGCCAAAAAGCGGAAGGUAGUUGCAUAUGAGGGUGAGCUACUGUUGCAGGGAGUCCAUGAUAAUGUGGUAAUCACUCUUAAUCCUUCCCCUGCUGCUGUCAACUGA